GCUGCGCUCCACCUGGGCGCCUCCUUCGGUCCAUUACCUGUGCAGGGAGCGCUGACCAUGGCUCCUUGGCCGGAGGUGGAAAAUGCCCAGCCCAGCCCCAGUAAAUACAUCGAAGGGAACACCACGGCUGGGAAAGACAAGGAGGCCGACAAAAAUGACACUGGGAUCAUUCUGACCAAGAUCGAACUUCUGCCGUCGCACUCCACCGUGGCCCUGAUAGAGGAGCCCUCAAAGGAGCCCACGGACUUGGAAGACCCCUGGGACCUGCCUGAGCUUAAGCGCCAGGGCAUCAAGUGGUCAGAGAGAGACACCAAAGGGAAGAUUCUGUGUAUCUUCCAAGGGAUUGGGAAAUUCAUUCUGCUUCUGGGAUUCCUCUACUUGUUCGUGUGCUCCUUGGAUAUUCUCAGCAGUGCCUUCCAGCUGGUUGGAGGAAAAAUGGCUGGGAAGUUCUUCAGCAACAACUCUAUUAUGUCCAACCCCAUGGCGGGGCUGGUGAUCGGCGUGCUGGUGACGGCCAUGGUGCAGAGUUCCAGCACCUCCACAUCCAUCAUCGUCAGCAUGGUGGCCUCCUCACUGCUGACAGUGCGGACUGCCAUCCCCAUUGUCAUGGGAGCCAACAUCGGGACCUCGAUCACCAACACCUUCGUGGCGCUCAUGCAGGCAGGAGACCGGGCUGUGUUCAGAAGGGCCUUUGCUGGGGCCACCGUCCACGACUUCUUCAACUGGCUCUCCGUGCUGGUGCUGCUGCCCGUGGAGGCCACCACCCAUUACCUGGAGGUCCUGACCAACCUCAUCGUGGAGUCUUUCCACCUAAAAACUGGAGAAGACGCCCCGGCGUUUCUGAAAGUCAUCACGGAUCCCCUCACGAAACUAAUCAUCCAGCUGGAUAAAAAAGUCAUCAACCAAAUUGCAAUGAACGACGAAACAGCUCAAAACAAGAGUCUGAUCAAGAUCUGGUGCAAAACUUUUACCAAUGUGACUCAGAUGAAUGUCACUGUCCCCGCCAUCGAGAACUGCACCUCCCCCUCCCUCUGUUGGACAGAUGGUUUCCACACCUGGACCAUUGAGAACGUGACCCACCGGGAGAAUAUUGCCAAAUGCCACCACAUCUUUGUGAACGCCAACCUCGCGGAUGCUGUUGUUGGCAUCAUCCUGCUGGUAGUCUCCCUGCUGGUGCUCUGUGGCUGUCUGGUCGUGAUCGUCAAGCUCCUGGGCUCCGUGCUCGAGGGGCAAGUGGCUGUUGUCAUCAAGAAGACCAUCAACACUGAUUUGCCUUUUCCCUUUGCCUGGCUGACUGGCUACCUGGCAAUCCUCGUGGGGGCAGGCAUGACCUUCCUUGUGCAGAGCAGCUCCGUGUUCACGUCCACCAUGACCCCACUGAUAGGCGUCGGUGUGAUCACCAUUGAGAGGGCGUAUCCACUCACGCUGGGCGCCAACAUCGGCACCACCACCACCGCUAUCAUGGCUGCCUUAGCCAGUCCAGGCAGUAGUCUGAGGAGCUCGAUCCAGAUUGCCCUGUGCCACUUUUUCUUCAACAUCACUGGCAUUUUGCUGUGGUACCCAAUCCCGUUCACCCGCCUGCCCAUCCGCUUGGCCAAGGGGCUGGGCAGCAUCUCAGCUAAGUACCGCUGGUUCGCCAUCUUCUACCUGGUUGUCGUCUUCUUCCUGGUCCCACUGACGGUGUUUGGCCUCUCGCUGGCUGGGUGGCCAGUGCUGGUGGGUGUGGGGGUGCCCAUCAUUCUUGUGAUCCUUCUGGUGGUGGUGCUCAAGCUCGUGCAGUCCCGCUGCCCACACAUGCUGCCCGCGGUGCUGCAGACCUGGAAGUUUCUGCCCUUGUGCAUGCGCUCGCUGAAGCCCUGGGACCGCGUGGUCUCCAUGGUCACCCCGUGCCUCACGAACCAGUGCUGCUGCUGCUGCCGCGUCUGCUGCCGCGCCUGCUGUCUCCUCUGCUGCCCCACAUGCUGCCGCUGCAGCAAAUGCUGCCAGGACCUGGAGGAGGAGCCAGACAUCCACAUCAAGGCCCCCGAGGCCUUCAGUAACGCCGCCAUGGUCGGAGAGGCGCAGGAUGGGGUCUCUAAGUCCCAAGGGAAUGCCCUGGAUGCAAACAUCAUCUCCAGCAGCACAGCCUUGUAGGGGCUUCCCCAAGGCAGGAGGAGGGACCCCAAGUCUCACGUGAUCUCUCCUGGUUCUGCAUGCUGUUCUCCAUCUCACCGAGACAUGGUAGCGACGUCAGCUCUGACUCAUUCCCCUCUGUGCCGCUGUGGCUAGAAAGAUGAUCCCAUCACCCAUCCACCCCUGCACACAGAUGAGUUGGCCAAUAGAACUUAUUUUCAGAGUUAAACCAUCCUCUUCUGAAGUCCCAAGGGAGGGAUUUGUGGGGGAUUCUCCAAGAUGCAUCCAUACACACAUGCUUUUCUUGUGAUAAAAUUCUCCCGUUACCAAAGACUGGCUUCAACCGGGAGCAGCUGCCUCUCAGGUGUCCUCACCCCAGAGCAGCCCAGGUCAGGGGAGACAGACCUUGGAGAACACAGGUGUGGGCCUUUUUCUCUUCCCAAUGCUCCCCAAGUUUCCUGACAAGGUUUUCUCACCUGGGCAGGUAGGGCUAGUCCAAGCAUUUUACAAACUGGGCCCUCAAGUUUCCGGGACGGGAGCCGCAUGGAAGCUGCAGAGAUUCAGGCUGAGUUUUGGUUCACCUGUGGCUUCCGCCUCCUAAGAGGAGAGCGGUCCUGUUCCUGACGUGGGCAGGUGGAGGAUGGGAGCUGGGCAGCUGGGCAGUUAGGCAGUCGGGGCCAGGAGAGAUGGUUUAUCUGCUUAAAAGGGCUGAGGGCUCUUUUUAAUUUGGCUAUUUUGGAAGGCAAAUGGCCCAUCGUAGCUAAAGCCUAGUGCCGCUCUUGGUUAGAAUAAAAUCAUCCCCGUUGAGUUUUCUGGCUUCAGAUUCUCUGUCCCCUCCACUGCCACCAUCUUGAGUCCCAGGAAGCACCUGAGCAUGGAACAGUUACAAUUCCUUGCUCUGUGCAAGAUGACUGUCUGGGUCAGCUUCCAUCCGUCCAUCCAUCCAUCCAUCCAUAUAUUCUUUCCAAAUACUCUCAUAUUCCCAUAGAUAGAUGGACUUGAUUUCCUGCCCUCCCAUCUGCAGAGCUCUCAACUUUUCCCUGAGGGUAGAAGUGAGGACCUGGCUGGACUCUCACAGAACCGUGAUUGCCAAGUGACAGUGGGGUCCGUGUGUGUCUGUGGGUCCGGGGGGGGGGUGCUUCUUGCCCCAGAUGCCUUCUGUGCCUUCUACAUCCCCUGUUGUAUUCACCCCUUCACUCCUCACGGCUCCUCACCUCCAGUUUUUCCUGGAGAGCGAGCUUUUAACCAGGUCUGGGGGAGGCAGAGGGCAGCGCCACCACGCUCCCAUCGCAGCAGGUUGGGAUACCAAACCGAGCCCUCCCUUGACCUUUUCCUGUGUAGAUACAGAUUCCCUAAUGGCCACUCAUGCUCUAUAUUUAUAAUCGUGCACCUGUACAGUGCUUUUUUUUAAGUUAAAUAGUGAAUGGUGUGAUAUGUUUUAGGUUCUUAUUUGGAAAUGUAAAGGAAAGAGAGACCAUCUUUGUAUUUUUUUUGUAAUACCGGCUUUUCAACAUGCCUUCUGUUAGCCAUGCCCUGUGGCCUCACCCUGUAAAUACAUAAGCUAAACCUGGCCAGGGCUUUUUACACUCUAAAAAUUCAAUCCUUGCACCUGCAUUGAUUGUAUUUUUUUUUUUUUUUUUUACUGGUCGUGGGAAGGGAGAAAUAAAAAGAUAAUCAAA